CUUUAAUCACAACAACCAUGAAGCUUCUCGAUAAGACAAUUGAACUAGAGAAGGAUAAAAGUGGAAGUAUUUCCAUAGUGCCUCAAGACAAAGAAGAUUUGUGGCAAUUGUAUAAUUUAAUUCAAAAAGGAGAUGAGGUAGAGUUAUCGACUUAUAGAAAUGUUAAGAAGACCACGGGUAGUGGUGCAACUGACGGUAAAGAUAAAGGUAAAACUGAAAGAAAACUACUAAGAUUGAAAUUGGCUGUUUCUGAUAUUGAGUAUGCUCCAUCGGAUGAAUCAAUGAGAAUUAAAGGUAAAACUACUGAACAAAACCAAUACGUCCCUAAUCAAAGUUUCCACACUGCAGAAGUUCAAUUGCAAAAAUCUUUGAGAAUCACUAAACCAGAAUGGGAUGACAUAAGCUAUGGUAUAAUUUUGGCAGCAUCGUCUGUAGAAACCAGAGCAGAGGUUGGAGCUAUAGUGAUGGAAGAAGGGGUAGCCCAUUUAUGCUUGUUGACUGAUAAUAUGACUGUUUUAAGAAACAAGAUAGAGAAGUCGAUUCCUCGUAAAAGUCGAGGAGAAGGUGGAGGUGGAAACCAUGAUAAAGCUAUUACGAAAUUUCUCGAUAUGGUACAAUCGACCAUGUUAAGAAAUUUUGACUUAACAAAACUAAAAGUAGUCAUACUAGCAUCCCCUGGUUUCACUGCAAGUUUAUUACAGAAAAAUAUCAUGGAGCAUGCGGUAAAAGACGACAACAAAUUAAUCAUGAAGAAUAAGUCCAAAUUUUUGGUUGUUCAUUCUUCAACAGGAUAUUUACAAGGUUUAGAAGAAGUUUUAAAGGACCCAUCAGUUCAGAAACGAUUGAAUGAUACCAAAUAUGCUAGGGAAGUCAAUAUUUUUGAUGAAUUUCAAAAAUCUUUAAAUGAUGAUGAUGAUAAAGCAUGGUAUGGUCCUUCAGAAGUGGCAAAAGCAGUAGAGAUUGGAGCAGUCAAAUAUUUAUUACUUACCGACACCUUAUUCAGAAGUGAUGAUAUUUCAGUAAGGAAACAUUACAUUAAGUUAAGUGAUGAAGUCAAAAGCCAGGGAGGUGAAGUUUUAAUAUUCUCUAGUCUUCAUGAAUCAGGGGAACAGCUAGAUCAACUAACCGGGGUUGCAUCCAUCUUGAAAUACCCAGUGGCAGACUUAGAUGAAGAGGAAGAAGAAGAAGAAGAAGAAGAAGAAUAAACAACAAACGUAGUAUCUAGACAUUGAAAUUAUUAAUAUACACUAUUUACAAGUUAAUAAAUAAAUUAUGCUUUGAACGGAGAUU